UCCCUGACCUUUGCUUUCAUCCUUCUCAAGUGUUGUUAUGGUUAAUAACAAAAUGAAUCUCAAGCCUUUUAUUCUGCUGUGUUUUCUAUACGCAGUGGUUCUCAUCGCUGCGGUUGUGGCUGAUGAUCCACCUCAAGAAGAGGGAAAAGCUUCAGGAAUUGACGAAAACUUUACUGGAAGCGAUGACGAGCAGGGACUCUUUUUGAGCGGUAGGAAACUCGUGUUAGAUUAUGGUACCGACCAUUGUAAAGGAAGGGGAGGAAGAGGAGGUGGCAGAUACGGUGGUGGUGGAUCUGGCUGUGGUCGAGGAGGUGGUGGUUGUAGUGGUGGAUGCCCAGGAAGAGGUGGUGGAGGCGGAGGAGGAGGAGGUGGUGGUAGUGGAAGAGGAGGAGGAGGUGGGGGAGGUGGGGGAGGUGGUGGAGGUGGAGGAGGUAGAGGUGGGGGAGGCGGUGGAGGUGGUGGAGGUGGUGGGGGUGGAGGAGGCUGGGGAAGUGGUGGAGGUUGGGGAGGUAUUGGAGGUGGUGGAGGUUGGGGAGGGGGUGGAAGCCAAGGGGGAGGAAGCAGUGGCGGUGGUGGCAGUGGAAGCGGAGGUUGUGGAAGCCAUGGAGGAGGAGGUGGUGGUGCCGGUGGUGGCAGUGGAAGCGGAUGUGGUAAAGGAGGAAAAGGUGGCGGAGAAAGAGGAGGAGGAUAUUGA